UAAUUAAAUUAUUAUUAAUUAGACCGCGUUAUACAUCAUUUGACUAAGCGACAUUUUAUCGUUUUAUAGUUAUAAAUGUGCUAAAAAAUUACGUUGAGGAUAUCACAUUUUUUUGACGUUUCGUUAAAAAAAUUUUUUGACAUGACGAGAAGUUAGUUAUAAACGUAAUUUUUCCAACAGAUGGCGCUAUCUCGUAUGCGUCUUAAACCGACAUUUUUUGACGUUUCAUUAAACGAAGUUUAUUUUUAACUUAUUUCUUAUUCCAUCGACAGUAAAAGUUGUGAAAAAUGUCACUUGAAAAGUGAGGUUAGGUUGGAUUGAAUGGAUAUUUCGUAUCUUGUGGAGAAAUUCAAGCGAAAUCGCUUCUUAUGAAUCGCUAAUAUGAAAGAAAAUCUUCGAGGACGAACUAAUUAAUGUGGUGCUGUUGGAGAAUCCAAUAUUUACAAAGAAAGAAUCCAAAACUUCAUCUUCGAGAUUACCAUGGAGAUAAUCGCCACUAAAUAAAGCGUACAAUAAUAUAUAUAAGCUUUAGUAACUAUCUCAUAGGUGGCGUUACAAAAGAAAUUAAUCCGUCAAAUGUCAAGUUUGAAAAAUUUAAAAAAAUCUAAUUUUUCUCGUUGAAAUGACCUCGAGGUCGAUUUUGCAAGUUUUCGAUCAAUACCAAAAGGCUCGCAUUGCUUUUGUACAAACGGUGGCGGAUUUGGCGAUUCGGCCUCAAAACGUUGAAAUUUUAAAUCAGGCUCGCGUUAUAGAUUUACUUCGGCCGUUAAUCUCGGAUAUUUGCAUGCAAAUCCAGCAAUGCGCAAUUAUAGCUUUGGGGCGAUUAGUUAAUCAUGACCCGAAAAUCGCCCAACAGAUUUUAAACCAAGAUUUUUUGCCGGUUUUAAUCCACGAUCUUGAUAAACAAAAUAAAUACCACAAAAAGGCUGUUCUUUUUGUGUUACGCUCGCUUUGCAAACAUGACGCAAAUAUGGCUAUGGCUGUGGUUACUUCUGGAGGUCUUGAAGCGUUAAUAAUUUGUUUGGAGGAUUUUGAGCCUAUGGUGAAAGAAAACGCAGCUUGGGCGUUGGGUUACAUUGCAAGGGGCAGUCCGAGUUUAGCCCAAAGCGUCGUCGACACAGGGGCUUUACCAUUAUUGGUGCUUUGCCUCCAAGAGCCAGAGAUAACCUUGAAGCAAAUUGGGGCGAGUUCUCUCUCUGAUAUUGCAAAGCACUCAAUUGAGCUUGCGCAAAGUGUCGUUGAUGCAGGGGCGGUACCCCAUUUUGCUAAAAAUUUAAAUAAUCCUGAUGAGAAAUUAAAAAAACAAGUUUUGCAUGGAUUAAGUUGUAUUGCAAAGCAUUCGAAUGAUUUAGCAGAAGUUGUAGUUGAAGCAGAGAUUUUCCCAAACGUUUUAAUUCAUAUGGCGCAUGCUUGCCCGGCUGUAAGAAAAAACGCAGCUUGUUUAGUGCGAGAUGUUGUAAAGCACUCGUUGGAGCUAACCCAAUUGGUGGUUAACACCGGGGGAAUUGGAGCUGUUAUUGAGUACAUGGCCCAAAGCCUCGAGGAGUCUAAAGUCCCUUGCAUCACAGCUUGCGGAUACAUUUCUGGACAUUCUGAUCUCUUAGCAAUGUCUGUGAUUGGUUGUCAAGGUGUCAUCCAAUUAAAAACGAUUUUGGAUGAAAGCGAGGAUGAUGCCACUUUGUGCGUUACGGCUUGGGCUUUGGGGCAAAUUGGAAAACACAGCCCGGAGCAUUCGAAAGCUGUGGCAGCUGCCGGCGUUUUCCCGAAACUCCUCAGUUUGUAUUUAGCUUACAAUUCCUCCGAGGAUUUAAAGUACAAGUGUAAAGUUGCGUUAAAACAAUGCCUACAAAAAUGCUUGAUGCUUUCCGCUUUGGAACCCCUUCUCAACGAUUGCCCCAAGAACAUUUUAAAAUACGUUUUGGGACAAUUCAGUAAGGUUCUUCCAAAUGAUGCAAAAGCGCGUAGAUUAUUUGUAACAAGCGGUGGAUUAAGUAAAGUACAAGAAAUCGAUGCAGAACCCGGCUCAACUUUAUUAGAGUACAUAACAAUAAUAAAUUCAUGUUUCCCCGAAGAAAUUGUACGAUAUUAUUCUCCCGGAUAUCCAGAUACUUUAUUAGAAAAGGUUGAGCAAUACUCACCGCAAAUGAUGACCAUUCUACGAGAAACCGACGUCAAAAAUACCGAUGCGCAAACUCACGAUACCCCAACUCAAGACACUUCUAAUAAUAGCCAAGAAAUGAAUUUGGUCGAGAGUCAAUCUUUACUUUUUUAAAGGAUUCAUAAAGAAGUUUUGUAGAGAAAUGAGUAAGAAGAUUAUUGUUUAUUUAUUCCCAGCAUUUACAAGAUAAUUUUCUUGUUUAAUAAAACUUUUAUU